AUGCCACAACAACAUCAACAACAUAGCCAACCAACACCACCCAUGUCUUUGACGCUUAGUCACACAUUAGAGAUAUUGGCGCAUAUGUCCAAACUGGAUUUUUCACCUAGGGAUUUCAUGUAUACAUUCUUCUCCUCUAAUCACGCGGAAUGCAUAUAUCGCUGUCGCUUGAUGAAGAACGGAUCUGGAGAGAAACAAAACAAAUCGAUAUUGAAAAAUUACGGGAACCUUAUCAAGUCGUCAGAAGUAGGGCUGCAAUUCUGGGAAACAUUCAUUUUGAAUGAGGCAUCCGCAAUUGUAAAUGGACAAGACGUGGUUCGUGGUGCUUACCCUAAAGGCGCAUACGUCAGCUCGAAUCAGAUCCCAAGUGACUUCUUCAGCGAGAGUUCAGAAGCCAGACGCACUGAGAAAAUCAAGGAUGGAAUGCCAUUCUUGCAUUCCUUGAUUUCACAGAAAAUAUCAAUGUCGUUGAAACACAAGGCGUCGAAACCGGAUAGUCCAUUUGUUAAACCAAAUGACAACAGCUCAAGACGUACCUCGAUAAAUCCCAAAACCCCCAAAACCCCCGAGUCUGCGGUCACGAGACGUAAUUCGCUCAACCCCACCGAACCUUCUGUGAAAGGGGAUGAGGAAGACGAGGUGUUGUCACUCGCCAACUUGGUGUACGUGAAGUCGACACCAUCUGAAGUGGCGGAUCAUAAAGCCCAGGAGGUUCCGGUAGCGAUUUGUGCCAUGAUCGCAUAUCAAUGCAAUCGGCGUUGCAAUGCGGUGCCCCUGCAGAAUGGUCUGAUGGUCUUGGCCGGAGGUGUUUCCUGCAGGGUUAAUGAAUAUUUACAAUGUUUCGGUUUGACGACACAGGUGUUCCAUGCUGUCCUCGACGCCAUGGAACACCUGCGUAUAUCCCAAGAGGCCCAGCUGAUGGAGGUCUUCAAAGUUAAUCAGAAACUGUUGCCAUUGUUAUGCUUUGACAACGUAGACAUACACUUACGCAUCCACAACUCUCGUAUUGAUCUGUCUUCGAGGCUAUUUCAUGGGACUUGGGGUUUCUACACGGUUUUUCGUGCGGCGCUGUUGGCAAGUUGUGAUGCUGAAGCUCUUUCGCUGGCUGUUUUUGUGGAAGCAAUGAAGAACAGCGACCAAAAACCCGUGAUGAUUGACUCUUUCGCCCCUCGUGCUGGCGAAUCUGUCCAUUUCGAGGCUGUCAUCAAAGCUCAACUUGCUCUGGCGUUAGUGGAACAUGUCAAACAUCUCCCGAAAGGGCCAUCGCCUCAAGACCUACCUCCUCUCGCCGUAGCUCCUCCAAAAAUUGACCCUAUCGAGUUUCACACGCCGAAUAUACACUUUUUGCGCAUGAUGGAUGCGCCGGAUUCAUCAGCAGACGGCGUAUCCCAAGUGCUCGAUCAGGUGAUGACUCAGAUAGGUAUGCAGAAAGAACAAUAUGCAGAAAACCUUCUGGUCGCCGGCGGCGAUGUUGGUUCGAACCAAUUGGUCAAAAGUCUUCGAGGGAAGCUCCACCCGCCAAUUGACUCGAUUGAAGGCCUUUCAUGGGUCCUCUCGGUGUUUGGACCUGCACACACAACAUGGAACUUCGCCGAGGCAGUAUGGGCCUUGCACUGGGGUAACUCGAACGACGGUGAGGACCGAGGAGCCUGGCGGUCAUCCUUCGAGUUAGGCGGUGAUUAUAGUAAGCCUGUUGUGCAACAGGACUUCAAUUCCAUAAUGAGGUCCAUUCAAAUCGUCCAUAAAGCAAAUUUGGUAUUCAUCAUUAGGUAA